GGCGGGGCCGCGCGUGCCGGCGUUGCCGGGUUACGGCCGCCCCGGGCAAUGGCGGCGGGACCGCCCCGCGGUUGGUGCCGGGCGAUUUAAAGUCGUAGGAAUAGCCGGCAAAGCUGCUUAGGGCUGUGUUAAAAAUGCUGGGAGAAAAAAAGCAGUUAAUGGUGGCAAGAGACCUUUACACAGACCCCGCGUUUCCGGCCAGUGAUACCUCCAUAUUUUUUAAUUAUUGUACCCCGCUUGCCCAAUUCAGAGGAGAGAUAUCUUGGUUGAGACCUAAGGACAUAUGUUCCUCUCCUCGGUUGUUUUCAAACAAUCUGCAGGAUGUGCAAGUGAAACAAGGAAUUCUGGGGGACUGUUGGUUCCUGUGUGCCUGUGUAGCUUUGCAGAAGAGCAAAUACUUACUGAACAAGGUGAUCCCUCCAGGUCAGCCCAGCUGGACAGAUGAAUCCUAUCAAGGCUGCUUCACGUGCCGGGUCUGGCAGUUUGGCCACUGGGUGGAAGUGACCAUUGAUGAUCGCCUGCCUUGCCUUGGGGGCAAACUCUGCUUUUCCCAGUGUCAGACAGAGGAUUUGUUUUGGCUUCCACUACUGGAAAAAGCUUAUGCAAAAGUGCAUGGAUCUUAUGAGCAGUUGUGGGCAGGACAAGUGGCAGAUGCUUUGGUUGAUCUGACUGGAGGAAUUGCUGAAAGAUGGACCCUGAAAGGCCCUGGAAAAAAUGUGGAGAAAGGGAAGACUGGUAUGGUUUUGGAGAAGGCAGUGUUUAGAAGACUGAUGAAACUGAAGGAACAGUGUGUGAUAAGCUGUUCAGUCCUCAACUCCAGACAAGGUGCAAGUGAACUAGGAGAAUUUCAUGCCUUUAUUGUGAUAGACACAUUGAAUCUUUCUGAAGUGUCAGGCAAGGAAAUCUUCCUGCUACGAAUACGAAAUCCUUGGGGGAGGCGGUGCUGGAAAGGGCCUUGGUGUGAGGGUGGUCAAGGAUGGAACCAGCUAGAUCCAGUAGUUGCUUCACAACUCCUCUCACAGAUCCAAGAAGGAGAAUUCUGGGUUGAUGAAGAGGAAUUUUUCAGGGAAUUUGAUGAGAUUACUGUGGGCUUUCCAGUCAAUGAGGAAGGACAACUUCAGAGCCUCUAUACAGAGAGAGUGCUGUAUCACUCUCAGAAUCUCUUUGGGUCCUGGGUGAGAGGCCAGUCUGCAGGUGGCUGCCGCAACAACAGCAGCUUCCCCACCAACCCCAAGUUCUGGCUGAGGGUCUGUGAGUCGAGUGAGGUGUGCAUUGCUCUGCUGCAGAAACACAGGAAAUACAGCACUGACUGGGCUGGAAGGAUUCAAAAUCCAACCUGCCUAGCAGAGGAAAAUCCAUCUUUGACUGAAGGCAUACAGGGAAAGAAUUACCAGGCUGUGGGAUUGCAUGUCUGGAAGGUGGAGAAGAAACGAUUUAACCUUCCAAAGACCCUCUCUGCUCCUCCAGUUGUAGGUACCGUCUGCCAUUCCUACGAUAGAGAAGUCCAUGUGUGCUGUGACCUGUCACCUGGCUUUUAUCUUGUUGUUCCCAGCACUUUUCUGAAAGAUGCAGUAGGGAAUUUCUUGCUUCGAGUGUUUUCAACGGGAAGGAUCUCUCUCAGUGAACUAAAGCCACCCCCCAUGGAUGCUGCCCUCUGUGAAGAACUCCCAGCUGGUGAAUGGGAGACAGUGCAGCUGCAUGGAUGCUGGAAGAAUGGGCUAAAUGCUGGAGGUAGCAGGAACUUCCCCUCCUUCCAUACCAAUCCCUGCUUUCCCCUCUCCAUUCCUGCAGGACCAGAGAAAAGCAGUGUGAAAGUCACCCUCCGUCAGCACUGCCUGGAUAGCAAGUGUUGUCCAAUAGGUUUCCAUAUUUUCCAGGUGCCUAACAGCAGCUGGAAACCACAAACUACUUCUUUUGUACACUUGGAGCCACUGGUGAGCUGUGUUCCUCACUGCUAUUCCCAGGAAGUCAGCAGACUUUGCAGGCUUCCUGCAGGAAGUUAUGUCAUUAUACCUUCUACAUACUUGCCCAAUACAGAAGGCAAUUUUACAGUGGUCAUAGCAACCAAAAUAGACAGGAAGCGCAUUCACAGCCAGGAGACACUUGGACAAGUAUUACAAGAGGUUUCCUUUACAACUGUGAUGAAAAGGUAGUGUGGAAUUCUGACACUGUCUUUUCAAGAAACAUCGGGAAGCCAAGGAGAAUGCCUCAUCUCUUGCUCUUCUCAAUUUUAAAUGGAAUAACAAGAUGCUUUUAGCCCAGCUGUUUUUCACUGGUACCAACUGUCAGGCCUGUAACGACUUCUUUGUGAAAAAUACCUCCUUUAAUCAUGAACACUCUGAAUAUUUGGUCUUCCCACAUUUUUAGAAGGAGCAUUGUACAGCAAAUUAUCAUGUACCUCAGUUCUUCAAAAAUGCAGGUGAAGAACAUGUGCAUGUUUUCACCCAAGCUAUGGUUUUGGAAGAAAACCAUAAAGCUUACAUGUAAGGCCAGGUUGGAUGGAGC